AUGAACGGCGGUCGAGUGGCCAAGCGGCUGCUGGCCGUCGUGCUGGCCCUCAGCACGCUGGUCACGCUGGGCCUCUACUACAACGGUUUGUCCACUGGCAGUGGCGUCGGAGGCGGUGGUCGGUCGGACGACAGGCCACAGCCGGCCGCGUUAUUACCGGCCAUCGAGUGGCCACAGCGGCCCGAGGACGAUUCCGCGGCCAACGACGUCGCGCCGUCCGUUCCCAGAAAACGGCCGGGCGCGGCCCUACAACACCGUGUCGUGCCGAUGACGGCCACCGUGGACAGGGACACGUGCCCCGUCCUGGGACUAGCCAACACCACCAUUGACACGGCGUCGGAAUUCUCGCGAUUUGAGUUCCAGCCUUAUUGGAUGAAAAGUAAAGAAUAUUGGAACAACAGUUUCGACGAACGUUACAAGAAACUCCACGAAGACGUUAUCAAUAAAAAACGACUUCCACUCAAGAUUAUCGUAGUGCCCCAUUCGCACAACGACCCGGGAUGGCUGAGAACGUUCGAGGGCUACUAUCAUUUGCAAACAAGCAAAGUGCUGAACUACAUGGUGGAAAAAAUGACAGUAUUAAAAAACAUGACGUUCGUUUGGUCUGAGAUAUCGUUUUUGGCACUGUGGUGGGAAAGCGCUCAUCCAACGAAAAAGAAAGUGGUCCAGCGGUUAUUGGCGGAAGGACGUUUGGAAAUCACUACUGGUGGAUGGGUGAUGACGGACGAGGCCACAACACACAUCUAUGCCAUGUUGGAUCAAUUGAUUGAAGGUCACCAAUGGGUGAAGAACAACCUUGGAGUAAACAUCAAGACCGGAUGGUCAGUGGACCCGUUUGGACACGGUCCUACGGUGCCCUACCUGUUGAAAAAAUCUGAGAUUACCGGCGGAACGGUCAUACAGCGUCUGCACUACGCGUGGAAGGAAUGGUUUGCACGGACGCAAAACGGCGAUUUUUUGUGGAGGCAGAACUGGGACAGGACAGGUCACACCGACACAUUGGUACACAACAUGCCGUUUUCCAUUUACUCGAUAAGAGGCUCUUGUGGACCUCAUCCGCAGGUGUGCAUCAAUUACGAUUUUCGAAAAGUUCCCGGCGAGUUCACAGACUAUUCGGAACUGGCGGUUUUCAUAGACGACCAGAACGUGAAACAGAAGGCCGACGUGCUGAUGGAUCAAUACGGCCGCACGGCCUCCGUAUCGCCGUACAAUGUGGCUCUUAUACCGUUGGGAGACGACUUCCGGUACGAUCACGACACCGAGUGGGACCAACAGUACACCAACUACAUGAAACUGUUUGACUACAUAAACGCCAACAAGGAAAGAUACCACGGAGCGGAAGUAGGUUUCGGCACGCCUUCAGAUUUCUUCCGGGCGUUGAGGGCGAGAAGCGAUGGUCGGUUCCCCACGUUACGUGGCGAUUUUUUCGUGUACAGCGACGUUUUCUCCGAGGGUCGGCCGGCUUACUGGAGCGGUUACUACACGACCCGACCGUAUUGGAAGGUGUUGGACCGGGAGCUAGAAAGCAAACUCAGGUCGACGGAAAUGCUGUACACGUUUGCCGUUAAUGACGCCCGACGGAAAAAGCUUCAGACGGUCAGGCUGCUGGAGCGGAACUACGAGAAACUGACCCGGGCCAGACAGAACUUAGCGCUGUUUCAACAUCACGACGCCAUCACCGGCACGUCCAAAUCAUUCGUGAUGAACGACUACGCUCUGAAGCUGUUUGAAGGCAUUCAAAACUGCGCGGCGAUCCAGAGCUUCGCGGUCCAGUGUCUGCUGUCAAAGGCCGGUGAAUCGGGCGCGCCUUUGUCCGCCAAAAUCGUAGUGCCCGACAGCGACCGUCAAACGUACGACCAGCCGACGUACAGACUGGCGUUGAACAUCAACGAGUCUCGACCCCGGAACGUAAUCGUAUUCAACCCGCACGGCCGCCGGAAAACAGAACCCAUCAAGGUGUUGGUGUCGGAACCAAACGUCCGGGUGGUAGAUAGCGAUGGAUCGGUGGUCCGGCACCAGAUAAACCCCGUUUGGAACCUGAGCGAAACGGCCGAGCAGCCAUUAGCAAUGUCCAAAGUAUGCUUCGAGCUGCUGUUCAUCGCCGUGCUGGAACCGUUGAGCCUGACCACAUUCACCAUCCAAAAGGCGCCGAACCCGGAAGGCCUGGCGCUGGUUUACUGCAAAAACUGUGCCGGACACUCGGUGUUCACCGUCAAGCCCAUGAGGCUGGGCGACGUGCAGCUGGAGAACGAUCACAUGCAGGUGCUGUUUAACGGCAAGACGGGCCUGAUGAGCUCGAUCGUGGACAAGGGCACGGGCGUGUCGCAGUACGUGAACAUCGACUUUGCGGCUUACCAAGCGGCUCAGUUGCACAGCGGCGCGUACCUGUUUAUGCCCGACCCGAACCUGCGGGACACCGAGAAGAAGGUGCUGGACGACUAUCCCGGGCCGUCGACGGUGAUCAUAACUUCCGGUCCGCUGUCGUCCGAGAUCACGGUCGUCUAUGGCAUAGUGACGCACAAGGUGCGGCUAUACCACGGUAAGGGCGUGGAGAGCAAGGGCCUGUACGUGGAAAACGUGGUGGACUUCAAGCAGCCGCCCAAGAACCGGGAGACGGAGCUGUUCAUGCGGCUGUCGUCGGGUAUCGCUAACGGUGAGCCCGCGGUCAUCUACACCGACUCCAAUGGGUUCCAGAUGCAGAAGCGGGUGACGGUGAAGAGGGUGGGCAUCGAGGGCAACUACUUUCCGACCACGACGGCCGCGUACAUCGAGGACGACCGGCACCGGCUGACCGUGCUGGUGAACCACGCGCAGGGCGCGGCCGGAUGGGAGCCAGGCCGAAUUGAGUUGAUGCUGGACCGGCGGACGCUGUACGACGACUCGAGGGGAAUGGGCGAGGGGGUGGUGGACAACAAGCCGACGCUCACCAAGUACUGGAUACUCCUGGAGACGCUGUCGGACGACGGAAGCAGCUCGAAGGGCGGCGACCGGGUGUCCAACCCCAGCCUGGUGGCCAAUCAGCUGUCCGAGAGCCUCCUGUAUCCGGCCGAAGUGUUCGUCGUCGAACCGGACGCCGAACACCACCUCCGGCCCGGGCUAGCCAUGAUCGACAGGCCCGUGCCUUGCGACGUGCAUCUGAUGAACUUCCGGACCAACACCGACCCGGUGUUCCAGCAGUUCCCGUCACCUUCCGCGCUCAUGGUAUUGCACCGGAAGGGCUUUGACUGCCGGGCAGACAAGGGCUACCGGAUACCCGAGUGCCAGCUCAGGCGGGACAGGGGUGUAUUCGACGCGGGCACCGCGUUCACCGGGCUCGGCCGUCUGCAGAUCGCCAGGACCACCGUCACCGGUAUGCAUCCGAUGGACACGGUAGACCGACUCGACCAGGUCGAGGUGGCUCCGAUGGAGUUGGCCGUAUUCAACGUCACGUUUGUCGAUUGAGCGAGUCAUUAGUCGCUCUUGCGUUCCCAUCACACAACAUAUAUUUGAUAUUAUAAUACUUUGUACUUUAUCUGCCCGCGACCAUAUUUCAAGAACCUCGCGCUGUGUUACGAAAACGAAAUGUCGUAUAAUAUUACUUAGUCUCCGCCUACAACUACAAUUUUACAUUUAUAUAUCACAUACUUUUAUACAAUACGAACAAGACCGUACCUGGGGGCUGGCAGGUUAAGGGUUCAAACAUCUAUCGUCGAAAAUUUCUCAGAUUACGUAAUCUAACGUAAAUCUAACAUUUCAUUAAUAUUUCAUAACCCCCCCUCCCCUUCCUCGAUAAUUAUUCCGAGUUCGGCAUUGAGUAAGAAUCAUUUCUAAGACCUUUAACUAUAAAUAUUAUAUUUUAUAAUUGACUCGAUCGUACUAUUAAGUAUUAAUUUUUAAGUUUCUCACACACCGCGACUGGCAGUAGAUUGUUUACGAGAAUGUAAACAUCGACACGAAUCUUCUCCGUAAGAGGAAGUUGUUCACAACCGCUUACCGUGAACACUAUGCGCAAAUAUGUAGCAUUACCGCAAAAUUUUCGUCGCGCAGAAAUGUAUUAUAUAUAUAUAGAUAAACGUAAGCGAUUAUAUUAUACGUGUUAUCGUUAACGACGCUCUCAUUGUUUGUAAAAAAAUAUAUAUUUAAUGAAACUUGUAUAUUAUUUUCUCGCAACAGUAUAGUAGGUAUGAUUUAUACCUAUAUAAUGUUAUAUUUUGAAUU